GAGAUUGAGAGCUUAUAGUAUCACGGCUCUUUAUCAAGGACCAUAUCUAUACAUCAAUUACGUCACAGCUGGACCACGAACUACCGAUAUUUGAAAGGAAUCGAGCUGUAUUUAAUAAAGGCCUCCAAUGCAUAGAUAAUAUAUAAGCUCCAAUGUCGGAAACGCGCCGGGUUAACAGAAAAUAGUACUUUUUUAGUUCAGGAUUGCUAGACUACAGCUCUCCGGAAGAUGGCGGUAGUACAACAAGAAUGACAUGGUCGUCGAUCAAUACAAUCAAAGAAGAAGACAAAGUGAUGUAGCUAGAAGGAGCGUUCUUGUUUUGAACGUAAACAAGUGGCAAACCAACCGCGACUACACAAAAUGUCGAUUGUUUUUGUGCCAAAGAAACUCCGAGGAAAGGCGAAAAUUAACCAAGAAACAAUACAGAGGUUGCUGGAUGAAAACGACCAGUUAAUACGAUGCAUCACCGAGUACAUGCAGAAAGGACGAGCAGUUGAAUGUGUACAAUACCAACAGAUCCUGCACCGCAACAUCGUAUAUUUGGCAACCAUAGCUGAUGCCAGCCCAGACAGCACGCUGCCCGCCUCAAAUUCUACAUCUAAUGAAACCUCAACAUCAACUGGGAAUGGGCAUGGAGGGACAUGAUGAUGGCAGCUUCUGUCAGCGCAGCUGGGAUGGGGUGUCAAAUAUUUGACCAUGUGGUUGGGAACGAUUUUACAUCACAAGAAAAUAUAUUUAUUAAAACUAAUCGUUUUCAGUAAUAUUACCCAUACCAAGGACCACUGGUACUUCAGCUCAGUAAUGCUAUAUUGAAGGUCUAUUAUGUGAAGAAGAAGGAAAAAUUCUGUGAAUUCAAAAUGUCAUUUUUAGUAUGAAUUGUAUAUUAAAACUUUUUCUAUUUUUGAAAAUUUC